AUGAGCACGGUGGCUACACAGGCUUCUGACAGUGAGAAGCAGCAGUCUGAGAAAGCCAAGACAAGGAUCCGCUUGGUCGAAUGUGGCCCUCUCGGAGGAAGUGCCCGCCCUGCUGGUCGAGCUGGCACUCACGUGCAAUGGGCAGCAACGCCCACAGGGCAAUGGGUGCGGGUCUUCUCAACGACAGCCAUUGCUCCGAAUCGUCAGCGAGACAAGUCCCGAGUUGAGAAUAGCUUGGGCCUGGCGGAGUUCGGGGAUGCUUGGACCGAGUUUUACGGUACCAGCACUGGUCUUCCAAUCGGAAGAGGCUAUGACCGUAUUGUUUAUGGUGACCAUGGGCCUUACGUGGAAUUUUCCGCACAUCAGCUAUGCUGGUCUACAUUCCCUGCCUUUGUGGAAAAGCCCGAGAUGAGCUUCUUUGAUGAGUAUUACACAGCUGACGGCCUUACCAUGUUGUAUGCGCAGAAGCGGACGGUGGUCAACAAGCCGAACCCUCCCAGUGGACCAUGGUCAGCACAGAACAACAGACCCGAAGGCUACGCAAAUUACUUGAUUGGCAAGUUCUACUUGGCCUGUGAGCCCCAUGUGAUCACCGUAAGUCGUCCAAGCACCAAGCCCAGGCGCAAGAAGCGAGGGAAAGGAGGAAUCAAUGGAGUCCCCGGCAUGGAGGCUUUUGAAGACGCAGAUGCCACAGAGCUACAUGAGGCACAUGAGGCACCUGAGGCAGGGGGGGCUUGGUGGCCGGAGAACCUGCAAGAGGACUGCUGGCAAGACUGGCAGGAAACUCCUUGUGAUGAUUGGUGGGGCGGCUGGCAGGGCCAGGUGGAGACAGCGGCUUGGCAAUAUACUCAAGCAGAUGUCCCAGAUGCCGGCCCCUACGACUUCACUGAGGAUCAGACCUGCAACUUGGAAUCCCAUGGCGACAGAAAACCUGCUUUCUGUUGGCUUGGUGUCUGA